CAACAUGAGAGAUGACAGAUACCGCCACCAGGCUGUGAUCCAAUGCUGGCGAGAAAUCCCGGUUGAAACUCUUACCAACCUAGUGACCAGCAUGCCCAGACGUGUACGCGCAUUGUACAAUGCUAGAGGCGGUCACACAAAGUACUGACUGUAUUGUUUUAUCGUCUUGUUAUGUUUGAUGUUGCUUUCAAAGAUGGUCCACGUAUUUUGUGGCAAUUUAAAAUUACAGCCGUUUAUUUAUUAAAUACCGACUCAUGAUUUUAUGCGUUAUUUCUAUGGCUUUUUGUGAAUCAUGAGGUGUCCGCCCUACAAUUUUUUGAGAAACAAAAUAGUUUGAUGUGAAUUUCAAAAACAUAUCACAGAGACCAGGGAACAUUAAAAAGUCUUUGAAUAAUUCUCCAGAAAGCAGCAGACCGCGUUAAACACGAGGCUGGGGUUGAAUUGACAAAUAUUCCAAACUUUUUUCCAACACUGUAUUGUUCCUGAUCCACAUUCAAGUUUAUGACACAAAAAUUUUACUUUGUUUUUAUAAAAUAUUAUACAAGUAUUUUAAAAUUUGAACUAUUAGAAAUUAACUACCCCAUAUGAAGAUUAAGAGUUUCAGUAUUCUUACUCCGAUAACAGAGAUUUUUAGGGUAAUAUACACUGCUAAAAUGCUAAAACACACUGAAUUCAUCUUUCCAGAUGAAAAGCCGUCACCAACUCAAGCCAAAGAGGUCUAUAAAGAGGUCAUUUCCUGGAUGACAGUAUAAAUUGACUACAUUAGCUUUUAAGCUCGGUACUGUCUUUCUGGUGCUGUCUGCCUUCCUCUGGGAGAAGAAUCCAGUUUUAAUCUAAGCCCUGUCCCUGAGGAUGCAUUGCCCAAGAGCCAGAUCUAAACGAUGAACUUACUUUUCACAGAAUAGCAGUGGUGACAGGUGCGUUUAAUAAACCAUCAUUUCUUUCACCCCAAACCCCGCAGUGUAAAGCGAUGACAUACCUGGAGAGAUGGUGUCUCCUGCCCCUCACUGGCCUUCUUAUCUUUGCCAUUGUUCCCACUGCGCCUGAAGUGGUGGAUUCAAUGUCAGACUGUGCUGGGUUUUUUCUUCAUGACACACCACCAGAGAUCCCAGGAAAAUUAGAGAGCGGAGAAAUCCUGGAUACAAGCCGAUACAAGAUCAUUUGCCAGACUUUCAUGAACGAGAGGAGGUAUGUGACACUCUACGACACUGUGAACAGAAUCCCUGUUUUCUCCGCUUACAAGUACAGAGGCCAAGACAACAACAACAACAAAAGACCAACCGUUCCCUGGAAGAUAGAGCCAAUGGUAAGUCAUUCUUUCUUUUUGAAACACUGUUGUUUUUUUUGAUUUACAAUGGAAGAGGAUUUUGUCUUUUGUCACCUCGGACGUUACCACUUUAAUAGAAAGAAAAUAUGAGAAUUUCUCAGUUGGAGACACAUUAUACAAGAAUAAAUACCAUAGGGUGACAAAACCCGAUGGAUCACAUCUCACUAGUUUGGAUUACCUAGGAAUAAUCAUUAAUGAACAGAUAACCAGUGGGUCAUUUUACUUUAUCACUGAACAUGAUUGAAUUUGCUUUCUCUACAGCUUGAAGAAAUGAACAACAUCAACAUGAGAGAUUUCAACAACUCCCACCAGGCUGAUAAUAAUGACUAUAAAAGCAACAGUGACGUUUACAAUAGGGGCCAUUUGUUUCCAGCCGAUCAUGCAUUUGAUAACAGUGACAAAGUCUCAACGUUCACCCUGACAAACGUUGUUCCACAGACUGUAUCUUUUAAUGGUGGCAGCUGGCAAAAAAUGGAAACUUGUGUUAAAUGUGUCAUGCAAAAAUACUGCAUCAACAAUAAUAGAGCCAUUCAAGGAUUUGUGCUUACUGGGGCAAAGCCUAGCAACAACAACAACAAACUCAAUAAAAGAGUUAAUAUACCCACAAUGCUAUGGUCAGCAUUCUGCUGCUACAGUAGCAGAGUGAACAAGUGGCUAGCCAGUGCACACUGGGGGUACAAUGUUGUUGAAGUUAAAUCUACAUAUUUACAGACCAAGACUCUGAAACGUCUCAAAGAUACACUGGGCUUGGAGGUAUUCCCCGGAUCACAAUGUCCCCAAGAUGAAACGGUAUCUGAGUUCUACCUGGAAAUUAAUGCUGAAAACAAACAUUGCCAAUGCCCAACCCAGGUUACAACCACAUCUGCCGCCCCUACUACGACUGUUUUCUCAACUACCACUGAACCAACUGCAUCUGCGCUAACAAAUACUAGACCCCAAACAACAACGAUGAACACAACUGCUAAGAUUUCAACUGGUCCAAUGACUUCAGAACUCAAAACAAACACAACCACAGCUGACAUUUCAACAACUAGUCUUUUGGCAACAGUAAAAGGAACAGACACCACCAAAGAGAUUUUGACAACAAACUCUAUGACUACAGUUCCAGAGACAAAUACAACUUCCAGCCUUCCAGCAACCAGUCCUAACACUGCUCUACCAGACACUAACACAGCAGCUGAGAUGUCAUCAACUCAUGUAAUCCAAAUAUACCCGACAGAAGCACAACCGCUGACACUACUUGAACAAAUGUCGAUACUGUUCCAAAAGGCACAAUCCCUGUGGAAGAGAUUUAAACAAUUGUGUUCUUAA